AUAUUAUUCUUUGAUUUAAUUCUGAUUCUAUGACAGUAUUUUCCUUUUCCUGGGGAGUGGUUCUGGUUGGGUACGGAACGAGUUACCGAACUACUGCCUCUAGGAUCUUAGUCCCUGAACGGAGGAGGGCCUCACAUAUCCUGCUCUUCUUAUAGGUUUGUUUCCUCUUUAUUUGGCUGGCAUUUGCUCCGUAUUGUUUUUCCCUUUUUCCCUUCUCGAUUCCUUCGGGAGAUCUCCGUGCUCUUGGGAUCGUCAAUCCAACAGUCCAUCGCGACUUAUUAUUCAAAGUCAAUCCGUCCUUCCCGCGGGCAUUGUUUCGGUCUCUGUUACCUGUCCAUCAAUCCCAUCAGCGACUUCUUUCUGCUUCGCCUCGUGUUUCGUCAACUGGAUCAUUUCCUCGUCCAGUUAAAAAAACGAUUAAAACCAAAAUAAUCAUCAAUCACAACUCAAUCCUUUUUUGCACCCUGCCAACUACUUGACCCUCAAAUUGCACGGAGUACCAUCCUGCUGGGUCUGGACAUCCCCCCUCUUCUUUCCCACGAACUCCGCCAAUAUUUUCUUCUUCUUUACUUCUUCUUCUUUACUUCUUCUUCUCUUCUCUUAUUCUUCCCGACUUUGAUUUCUUCAUCAUCAUUCUUAACCGUCCUUUCCUUCUUGAUAUUCUCCACCCUCCAUUCCCUACUCCUCCACAUCGACUGGCUUCCCCCCCUCCAUGAUUAGAUCAUCCACGUGUGCCCACCAGUGAUCGUGGAGGCCCAAAACGUCCCUAUUCUCGAAUCCCCAAGGGUCUGAGCUCUUCUCCAUCAACCCCCCCUGCUUUUUCCUCCUCCCCGAUCGCUGGCUUCUUUUCUUUUUUGGCGUGAUCCCAAUUCUCCUUGGCCCUUUCCCGCGCGACUCUUGGCUGCUCUCAAUCCUCCCCACGACCAGCCCCCCCCCCAAUCGACUGUCAACUCGACUUUGAUGGUCGGGCGGUCUGUCAUUGUUGUCCACUUUCUUCCCCUCUCCCACUCUACUGCUAGCAACUGGCUUGAUCGUCCGGGAAUCUUCUCCGUCUGCCAUCUUCGUGCUCGCUCUCGGCUUUGCCUGGGAUUCCCGGUCCACACCUUCAGAUACUGAGGGGUAGAUCGUCCUGACUGGUUCGUGCACUCUUGGGCCUUCCGUGGGGGAUGAUCUCGCGCCAACUACCAACCACAUCGUCGUCGCGGCAGUCGAUUGGAAGUCGUCAGCUCGAACACUCUGACAUCAUCUCAUCAUCGUGACUAUCACGGUUUCGUUGAAGGUGACUCUGGGCCUAUCUGUCACCCAAAGAUAAUUUCCCAGAGUGUCGGAACCCCUUGCAGCGUUGUACAACGACCGUAAGGCACCACUUCCGUGAUCCGUGAUCCGAUUCAGAAAGGAAAGGGUUCCUAGGGAGAUGUCAAUAUCCUCAAUCGUUGAAGCACAUUGAUUCUACCCUGUGGAUAUCCAGUCCACGCUUCAAAGCCAUACAUAGCACUCCGCUUGUUAUCUCCUCCCCGGUUGUAUGCGAUGUCCUUGUCAAAACUUCCCUGGAAUCAUUUCGGUCCUCACCAUCCAUUCCCGGAAAAACAGAAGUUCCACGGCUGUUACCAGGACGCUCUUGCCCCACCAGCUUUCCUUCGCCCACUAGGCUUGUCAAUACAGGCCGCCUUUGUCCCCGUACCCUCCACCAUGAGCAACUCUAGCAACAUGAAUGCGCUCUCCCCAGACGAGAUGCAGCGCUUUCAGAAGCUGUCCAAUGAAUUUGAACCAGAUGUACCGGGACUCUUGGUCUCACCGAAACAAUCAAGUCACAACAUUGCCCUAGAGUAUGCCAAUGCAGACCCUACUUUUGCCACAAAAACCUCUGCACUUGCUGUCACACACCCUAUGACCCGCGUCAUGAAGGGUGAUGGGAAUUGCGGCUGGCGAGCUGUGGCUUUUGGCUACUUUGAAACCCUCUUUUCCCUCCGAGACAUCCUGCGCGUUGAACAGGAACUCGCCCGUAUCAAGUCCCUCACUUACACUCUGGACCGUGUUGGCUAUGCAGAACAUCUGUAUGAGAUGUUCAUUGAUGCCACGGAAGAGGUCUUUUUGCAAACUUCCGAAGCUAUCCGAAAUGGUGAUCAGGAUGAAACAUUCCUGGUCAACGCCUUCAACAAUGAAUACCAGUCAAAUUCCAUCUUGAUGCACUUCAGACUUUUGACCAGCGCUUGGAUGAAGCUGAAUCCCGUACGCUAUCAAGCAUUCUUGUCUGCUCCGUUGGAACAAUAUUGCGCCUCAGAGAUUGACACAGUGAGAACUGAAAUCGACGAAGUCGGCCUGCAAGCCUUGGUUGAUGGAGUCAUUCAAGGUGCUGGCUUUGGAGUCGAGGUUCUGUAUCUCGACCGAAGCGAGGGCGAUGCCGUGACACCACACCAGGUAUCGCCAACUUGCCCCAGCGAUGCUACGAUCCGUCUUUUGUACCGACCGGGCCACUAUGAUAUCAUCUACCGCGCCGAACAGACUGUAAACAUGGCACCCGUCGUCAACUAUCAAUACGCGAUGACGACUAACUAUUCUCCCUGGGACCAAGGUGCUCUCUCCUUCGACGUCAAUUCCCAUUUGAUGUCUAUCCCCAAUCUGAUGGCCGAUCCGGCAUUCGCUAUGGGCGGUGCCUCCAUGUCGCCAAUUCCCUCUGUCUCGCCAACUCCAGCAAGCCCAUACCGACUAUCUCCAACCCAGGAUAUGUACCAGUCACCCAUGCAAUCUCACACACCUAUUCCAUCCAUACCUGUCUCAUCGCCUACGCCGGCCAUGCCAUCGGCAGCACCCCCGCCAAUGACCUCUCUGCCAAGUCGGUCAUCAGAUGGGCCUCAGAUUCGCUUGAAUCCAUUGGUCAUGAAACCGAAUCUGAAUCACCUACCAGUGACGGCUCCAUUUAAGAACUCGCCGUACAACCAGGCACAUUUCAGGAAUCAAGAUUUCGAGCCGAUCCAUUGGGAACCAAACGAAAAUCGCAGAUGAUAAUGAUGAUGAAGCUACGAAAUCCCUUUCAAAAGGAAACGCGCGACGAUUAUCCCGCAGGGAACGUCCUUGUUCCAAUUCCCUUUCGCAUGUGUGCAUGAGACCUGGACUUGGCGUUUUUGUUUUUUUUUUGCUCCCUGGUCUCUCGUUUGUUCCUUUCCAGCCCAUUUCUUCUUUCUCUUCCAGUUGGUCUUCGAACCUGCAUCUCUCAGAAGCGGCCCCGUUUACCACCCCCUGAUGCCAAAGUCUAGCCUUUCCAUCUUUAUUCUUACCUGACCGGCCUUCCUUGAUGACUGUCUUCUUAGCGUGGGUGUGCAGCGCGUUGCAUGGAUGGUCCGAGCGUUUAUCCUGCCCUUUUGUUCUCCUCAUAACUCCAAUUUUUCCAAAUUGUUAUCCGUGGAUGGUUCGAAUCAUCCAGGUAAUUACUUGCACUCUAUGUUCGCUCUCCUGGAUUGAGCUAUGAAGCAGUGUAGUGCAUGUGAAACAGAGGACUUAUUUCAACAAAAUUGUCCCCAG